AUAAUUAUUCUGAUGCUGAAGAUAUCAAUAUUGAAUUGUCUAAUUCAGAUAUAUGCAGUAGUCUCAAUAGAAAACAAUUCCAAUUACAGUUAGUUUUCAGAAGAAAAAUUAAAAGAACAUAUAGUUUUUCUAGAUCUGAUUCAAAUUCUUCUAAUCCUAAUCAGGAUGAAG